AUGUAUGUGUGUAUAGGGGGGGGAAAUUUGGGAGAGGGGAGAAAAGAGGUGAAGAGGGUGAAGAGAAGCGCAAAAGGGCAAAAAGGAUGGGGUGUGCUGGGGCAGGUGUGUUGGGGCAGGUGUGCUGGGGCAGGUGUGCUGGGGCAGGUGUGUUGGGGCAGGUGUGCUGGGGCAGGUGUGUUGGGGCAGGUGUGCUGGGGCAGGUGUGUUGGGGCAGGUGUGCUGGGGCAGGUGUGCUGGGGCAGGUGUGUUGGGGCAGGUGUGUUGGGGCAGGUGUGCUGGGGCAGGUGUGCUGGGGCAGGUGUGCUGGGGCAGGUGUGCUGGGGCAGGUGUGCUGGGGCAGGUGUGUUGGGGCAGGUGUGUUGGGGCAGGUGUGUUGGGGCAGGUGUGUUGGGGCAGGUGUGCUGGGGCAGGUGUGCUGGGGCAGGUGUGUUGGGGCAGGUGUGUUGGGGCAGGUGUGCUGGGGCAGGUGUGCUGGGGCAGGUGUGCUGGGGCAGGUGUGUUGGGGCAGGUGUGCUGGGGCAGGUGUGUUGGGGCAGGUGUGCUGGGGCAGGUGUGUUGGGGCAGGUGUGCUGGGUCAGGUGUGUGUGUGUGUGUGGCUCUAUGUGUCAGGUGAAAACAUCGCUUUAA